CUGACAGGGUCCCCGAUGCCCGGGAAACCCGCGUUCCUUCAGGGCUCAGCCAGCUCCUAGAACGCCUGGAAGGCUGACCUGGGCAUCGGUAGCAGAAAUACCUCUCUCCUAAGUGCGUGAGUCAUGGAUUCGUUAAACCCUGAGGGCAACAUAGCGGAGUUAGUGCUAUUAUUUCCCUACCUCACAGAGGAGGGAACUGGGGCAGAAGUCAAUGAAUGAAUGAAUGAAGCUACCCAAGGGUAGGUACCCUUGCAAAAUGCCUCUGUGGAAGAAAAACCACGUGUAUCCCAGAGUUGCAAGGAAGGCAGGCAGACGCAGGGGCCACCAGAGACCAGGUCAAAAUUCUGUGCCUGUGACCAACAGGGUUCUUGGGAACCCACACGUGGACCCAAGGUUCCAAACCCCUGUUCUGUGGGGUUUUCCAGAUCUAAGAGUCCAGGAUUCUAUGUGCAUGAGAAGGGGGGCAUUAGGAUCCAUGCUGACACGGUGACCUGGGAGCGCCCUGGGCUAGCCGGGACGUGUUAGUUUAGGCAGAACAAAUUUGUAUCGGGUCAUGUCUCUUUGUUCCUGGCAGAGAGGGGUCACCUGCCCGCCUGCCCCUCCACCUUGGCAGUGCGUUGCCUAAUUCCUGUCCCUGCACUCUGGAACCUGCCACUCCCUCCGCACACGCACGGCACGGCUUUGUGCCUGGCCCUACACGCAUACCACACGGCUCCGAACUAGGGGUCAACAUCCAGGAACAAGGCCUUUGCUCUCUCCUAUUUGCCUCUUGCCCUCUUCGCCAGGACGAGCAGUGGGCUCUCCACUGUGAGCUCCUGACUCCCCGGCACACUCUGCUGUUUACCAGAUCAAAGCGAACCGAGGGGCCGGCCACGGUGAAGGCCACAGGUCUGUCGCGGGGCACCCACCCCUAUGCCAAACUGAACAUCGUCCAGAAGCCGGGGCAGGCGCGGGUUGAAAUUUAACCUUCGGGAUCGGGGGGUUGGGUGAGUUUCUACAAAAAGAGGUAGGCCAACCCCGUUCCACGAUCGUCCAGACCAAAGUGAGAGCAGAGAGUAGGAAGAUCACCCUGUGUUUACGGGGCUCUGAGGGGAGCAGUUCGAAGAUGUUGAGGACCCCGGUGUCGGGCAGGAGCCUUUGGAAGUCGUCCAAUUUCUCCGUCUCCGUCAAGCGGAUGUGGGGGACCCCCCGCAGUCAUCCGCUGAGGCUGGAGCGAAGGUGCUCACAGGGUCCUUGUGUGCAGAGAAAUCAGACUGAUACUGGGCACCCCCUCUGGAAGGGCCCCGUCUCUGUGCCGGGGGGCACCCGGCAGUCCCCCAUCAACAUCCGUUGCAGGGACAGCGUCUACGACCCGCGGCUGAAGCCCCUCAUGGUCUCCUAUGCCGCAGAGAGCUGCCUCUACGUCUGGAACACCGGCUACUUCUUCCAGGUGGAGUUCGACGACUCCACUGAGGGGUCCGGGGGAGCACGGAGACGACGAAGAAGCCGCCGCCGGCCAGGCGGGGUCUGGCCUUUUCUGACCACGGGGGGGGGGGGGGGGGGGACUCCGUGUGACCCACUCAGCUGGCGGAGGGAGAAAAUCUGGAACUGCAGGCGGGUCGGCGGCAUCCUGACGUGUGAGCUGCCCGUGUGGGGGGGUCCCUCACUUGCAAGGACAGUGAUGGGCAGUCUGAGGCGUCAGGAGCUAGAGCCGCAGAAGCUCCGGUUGGACGUUCGCGGCAGAGAGGUCAUGCCGUGUUCUCUCGGCAAAGUUCCGGUAAGGACUCCGCGAGCCGGCGCAGCGCUGAGGGCCCAAGGCGCCGUCCGCCCUCGCAAGGACAUCUCGAGUUGGGACGUACACGGAAAGCUGCACCUGGUUCACUGGAAUGCUGCGAAAUACCGAAGUUACAAAGAAGCUGUGCUGGGGGACAGCGGCCUGGCCGUGAUAGGCGUGUUCCUACAGCUGGGGGCCCACCGUGAGCCACUGCAGAAGUUGGUGGAAGUCUUGCCAGAAGUCAAGCAUAAGGGGGCGCAGGUGGCCAUGGGCCCCUUCCAGCCGUCCUGUCUGCUGCCCGCCUGCCGGGAUUACUGGACCUACCCGGGGUCCCUCACCACCCCUCCGCUAACCGAGUCGGUCACCUGGAUCAUCUUGAGGGAGCCCGUGCAAGUGGCUCGGAACCAGCACCUCCCCAGAGAGCUACCCCUCUCCUGCUACCACGUGUCCUACGGAUGUGUGUGAAAGCGAGCAAGGGAGAGCCUGAAGCAGUGGGAAGUCGUGGGAAGCGGCAUGGAACAGACAUGGGAACGCGUGGAACAGACAUGGGAAAGCAUGGAGCAUCGUGGAACACCACAGAGCAGCUGGGAGCAGCAUGGAACAGCCUGGAAAGGCAUGGAAGAGCAUGGAGCAGUAUGGAGUAGAAGGGAACAGCACGAGCCGACUCGGAACAGCACGGACAGCUUGGAGCAGCCAGGUCCUUGGCGCUCACGAUAGAAAGCAUCGUGUAGGGUGGUGAGUGAUCUCCUCCUGGAGAUUUCUGAGGUACAGAAUUACAUUCUCGCCUCCCCACAUCUACCUUCCGGCCCUGAGUCCUUUCCCUGACCUGGUUUGUGUGUCAUCUGCCCGGCGACCGCUGUGCCCAAAAGCGAGAGGAAGAGCCAAGUGGCCUGAGCGAGGAGCUCUGAAAACCGUGGCUUCCCAGAGCGUGGGUCUCUCCAGACUCCGCAGAAUCAUAAGAGCUACUCCCCGGGCACACACAUCAGCCCUAGCCCUGCUUAGUGCCGGGUCGUGGGGUGCGGGAUGAGCACAGAGCGGAAGCAAGUUCGGUGUGAGACUCAGCUUGUCCACGCGUCGACUACCCACGUGUUUGGCGUGCGCGUCCGAGGCUAAGCAGUAGAAGUACCCGGCCCCGAGUCCGUGGAAAUGUUAGCAUGCAUGUCAACAGGAAAAAAGCUCUUCUGUUUCCGCCACACUUAAGAUUAUGUUCACAGACUACUGCAUUGAAGAUUAAAGCUGUGUGCUUUUUCAAUUAUUCUGUCCGAAUUUCCUGUGUCGGUUUGGGAUUUUUUUUUUUUUUUUUUUUUUUUUUUUUAGCAGCACUGAAAUAGAGAAACUAUUUUUAAGUAAAGCAAAAUCUUCUGAUCCUUUUUACUGAAUCCUGGAAAUCCAGAAAGGCCACCCUACAGGUGUUCUAGGUCCCUGAACACACAAACACAAAUCAAAGGCACGAACAUCAAACAGCAGGCACGCCAUUCGGGCUUUCCGCGUAUAUCCGUGAUCGCCUAACAAGGCACACAGCUUCUCUCCGAUCGACGUCCAGCAACCACUUACUGAACACCUCCCGUCAGUAUGUUCCAGUUAGUGUGCAAGGCAGCUGGGAUACACCAGUGAAUCCAACAACGAGGCAAACCAGGCCCAGCCCCGGUGGAGCCCGCAUCAGCGGGGAAGACGGCACGGAGGCGGGGUGGAAAAAAUGUGGGAUAUGAUAUGCUAGAGGUGACCAGGGCUCCAAAAAAUGCAAAGCGGAGGCAGGGAGCCAGGCGCUGGGGUCAGGGUGGGCCUCCCUAAGAAGCUGACAUCCGAGCAAAGAUUUGCAAGAGGUGAGGAGGUGAGCCUUGCAGAUACUGGGAGACAGUUCUGGAACAUUCCAGGGCGUCGGCGAGACCAGCAUGGCCAGAUGAAGCAAACAAGGGCAAAGCAGCAGGAGGGAAGGGCAGAGAUCUGCUCAGAGGGGCCAGGUCCAGGCGGGCCUCGGGGCCACGUGAAGGUGGGACUUUGCUCUGCGGGGAGAAGGGAGAGCGUCAGACGGGGGGUGCAUUGCCCACGUUCCAGACGCGGCUCACUGGUGAACCACGCUGGCGGUGGGGACGGGAGGCACUGGAUGCUGGAGACACUUGCACCGUGGUCUCGGCCCCCCAGCUGUCAGAUCCGGAGAAAGGGGGGUGUCAAGGGUAAGGUCAGGGCAUUGGUGCGCCACUCGGCCUGGAAGGCUGGGGCAGAGGCGGAGGGGAGAGGGGGAGGAACCCCCCCCCCAGCUCUGGCUGCGUGUUUUCAGUGCCUCCGGUGGUGACAGCUACGCUUUCCGUGUCUCCAUUUCCUCACUCACUUCUAGAACCUCAGGAGGGCCAAGUGAAGCGAAACAGAUGGCUGUGUGCCCUGCACCACUGAGUGGGGAAGGUGGAAAUGACUGGGGUCAGACCCUCAGCAGGCAGGCGCAGCCCCGUGGGCCUCGGGGAGCGGAGUGGCUCUGGGGCGAUGGUGUCGGCUCUCAGACGUGGUGGGAAGGACCUCGUCCCGAGGCCCGUCCUGCUGCCUGCCCGUGCGUGGGGAGCAGAGGCAACCCAGACCUUCCUACCGCCCUCCGUGUCCACUUGGGAUGGGAUUGGUGACGGGGAUGGGACAGAUCUCCUUGCCGCUUCCUUCCUGUGAGCCCGAGAUGUUCCCCCAGAGCCAGGCUGACCGCUGGGAGCGACCUCCUUCCCCACCCCUGCACUCCGGGAUUGAGGAAAAUUCAAGGUGCGAGGUGGCCUGUCUGAGGAGGGAGACUCUGUGUCCCCACGACCUGCAAGCUCGCAUCUGCAUCUACAGGUCCCCGUCGUGGAGGCUGCCGGGUGGGGCCUCCGUGCCCGCCUCUGUCUGUCCGUCCCUCCUUCCAGCCAGAAGCUGAUUCUGCACGGACGUGCUCUCCCAGCUGCCGGCGCCUUUGGCCCCACUUGGUUCAGAGGUGCAGCAGGGAAGGGCGGCGUUCCGCAGAGCUGGGGGCACACGGGCCCACAGGUGCUCGGUGAGGUGAGGAUUCCGCAGGAAUGUGGCGUGGACAGGUCAGGCUGGCUCUUCCUGCGCCCUUGACAGCCCAGCACGAGGGGCCAGAGCCGAGAAGGGGCCCAGGCAGAGAUUUACUCUCUCUCUACGGUAACUCAGGGAUGGGUUUAGGGCCACAACAAGGCAGCACGCUCGGGGCUUUCCACGACAGAAGUUUCUUCUCUCAGGGUUCUGGCGCCCAGAGUCCAAAAUCAGGGCUGCGUGCCCCCUGAAGGCAACAGGGGAGGAACCAUCAGGCCUCGUCCCGCCUCUGGUGGCCCCAGCGCUCCCUGGCCAUCCUGGAGCUUCACUCCAGCCUCUGCCUCCAUUUUCACUGUGUCUGAUCUUGUAGAGAUGCCAGUCACUCUGGGUCGGGGACACCCUGCUCCAGGAUGGCCCCAUCUUCCCUAGUUACCUCUGCAACGACCAAUUUCCAAAUAAGGUCCCGCUCUGAGGUCCGGGGAGCGGGGGAGGGUAGGACUUCUAUCCAUCGUUUUAGGGGGAGACACAAUUCAGCCCAUAUCAGUGAAAUGGGGUGGGGGCCACCUCCCAGACGAGCCUGUGCAAGGAGGUGCAGGAUAGAAGCCCAGCAUCGGUUGCAUAUUAUCCAUGGGAAGAAAUCCGACUAGGACCAAAAUGUCCAGCCAGCGCUGUGACUUGUCAGUCCGGGCCUUUGGCAUAAACCCCGGGGGAAGCCCUGAGUCCCAAACCCAAACCUCUUGUUUGGGGGGAAGGCCUGAUUGGGUUGAGUGAUUAACUGUGCCAGAGGCCGGGGGUGGGGGGCGUUAACACCAACUGGCUAUGGGGCUAUCAGGUCGCUGGGAGUUUAAAGGUUCUGGGGCACCUGGGACGCUCAGUGGGUUGUGACCACGCUUGGACGGGACAAGGCCACCCCCCGGGCAAGUGACCAUGGCUGAGCGAGUGACCAUGCCUGGACAAGUGACCACACCCGGAGAACAAGCGACCAUGGUCAAGCGAGUGACCCCGCCCGGACAAGCGACCAUGGUCAAGCGAGUGACCCCGCCCGGACAAGCGACCACACCCGGAGAAGUGACCCGCCUGGACAAGUGUCCACAUCAGAGGAUGUGAUGGGUAUAGUGCUAGCAUCAGGUCUUUCAUGGUUCCUCUGACACGUCCCAGCUCAGCCGGUGCUGGAAGGAACGUCCGAUCGUGGAGCCUGGCACCUCACCAGCCAUCGGCCGCAAGUCCCCAGAAGAACGCCCUUCUGGUCAGGCGCUAGUCCCAGCUGCGGCUCAGCUGGGAUGCGGGGCCCCCCGUCGGCGCCUCCCACCCACCCGGCACAGAAGAGAAGCUGGGCGGGGCCCUGCCUAGAGCACCACUAGCCACGGGGGAGAGGCCACAUGUGACCCCAGGGCCCCCGAGUCCAGGCCCGCUCUCUUCUCCGUUUUUGAGGUACAAACACAAAAUUGGCCACUAGCCAUUUAAGUACACAAUUCAGUGGCCUUAGCACGUUCACGCCGUUGUGCCCCCCCCCCCCCACCUCUACUGGGUCUCAAGAGAUUUCACCUCCCCGAAGAGAAACCCCCCAUCAGUGGUCACACGCCCCCCCUUCCCGGGCCUGGCAGCCAGAGUGUACGUUCUGUCCCUAUAGGUCUGCCUUUCCGGGCCAUUUCACCUCCGUGGAACCCUUUGAUCCUGUGCGCCUGGCUUCGUUCCCUGAGCGUGACGUGUUCCCAGUUCAUCCACCUUUUUGAGGCCGGAGACGAAUCCAACGUGUGGCUCUGCCCCGCUUUACCUAGCCAUCUAUCGGCUGACGGCUGGGCCCGAACCCUCAUCCCCGCUCCCCACUGUUGCCGGCUCCAUAGUCCUCAAGGAUCAGGCGCCCUUCUGAGCACAUCGGCCAGGCCACGCUUGGGGCCAAGGCUGAGAAGUGAGGCCCAAGCCCAGUGCCUGAAACACAGGCAAACUUGUGCUGUCACCUGGUUGGAACCCUCCAGGAAAACCCGCCCUGCGAUCUCUAACUUUGCUUCUAUUACCCGGAAGUUCCCAGGGCUUUGGAUCCCACCCGGAGCUACAGAGACUUGACAUCUCCACCCCUGUGAACUUGAGACGGUCGGGGGGCCUUGCUGAGCAUUUGAAUGGAGCCAAAGAUACUCAGCGAAGGAGUCAGGCGAUCCGAUCUUCGAUCUUUGCCAGGGUGGGCGCGUUCCCACCCAAGCGCAGUGAAGCUGCCGGGAGCCUCCGGCAGCGGCGGAAUAAAGCUCCCCUAAACCAGAAGAAUCCCGUGCUUGUCAGCGCGGCCCGAGGGGGGACGGCAUGGCCGCCCGUGUGAGACGCGCUCUGUGUGCCCCCCGCGUCACAGCUAUGAUCUGAGGCCCAGCCUGCGUCUGAAGCUGGGCCGGGCCACCUGCUGACCUCGCUGCACCUUGAUUCGCCAGGCUCAGACGGGGACCACCCACAGGGCCUAAUGAUGUUGUUGCGGGACUCAGACAGCAGGCAGUAUCUACACGUCCUGACCCCAGCUGAACACUCGGUAUGCGUGUGCCACGCACACACACGUGGGCUCAGAAACAGAACUUCAUUUCAGAUAUUACCCUGGAUGGUAAUGGGGGGAGGGGGGCGGCGUCCCACCUCGUCAAGCACGCAGAUGGGAAAAGCUCACAGCCGAGCGCAGCAAAAGCCUGGCUUUUAAAAACAAAUUUCCAGAAGAAGCAAGGACACUUACUUUGUGAAAAGAACACAGAUAUUUCUCACGCAACUGAGAAUAGACAGAUGGGGGGGUGGGGGUGGGGGGUGGGAGGCAAGCUUCCACAUCAGGGAAGGAUUUUCUGCUCUUUCCUGGGAAAAAGAGUGAGUUCAAAAGGAGCAAAGAUCCGCUAGAAUUAUGAAUACUCAGUGGGUUGAGCAGCCGACUCUUGAUUUCAGCUCAGGUCGCGAUCUCAUGGUUCUUUGCGGGACCAAGCUCCCGGUCACACUGCUGGAGCUUCCUCUUAAAGCCAGGCCACUAGCCCGUCUGCCUGCAUUUAGGCAAGGGCAGUCUGGGUGAAAGCAAGGACACCGGGGAGGACCGCCCAGCUCCAAGCACCUUACACCCCGUGAGACAAAGCGAGCCCCUUGUCUGCCAGGCCAGAGGGCCUGUGUGCAAGGCGGAAACGCAGCCUACCGGUCCAUUUUGCCAUUUUGAGUUUUAUUCACCUUCGGGACGGUGGGCUUGCUUUAAGUGAACUGCGCGCUUGGUGACGACUCGUGCUUGGAAUAUUUGUGAAAGACACAGAACCCACUUCCGCGGAUGCAAGAUUUGUAAGGCCCUCGACGCCCUCUGGGCGAGGGGGCCGAACUCUUUUCCGAGGCCAAACACUGGUACCAGAAAAGGGCAGUCAGAGACGACGAAGCCAGGUGAGCAGGGGCGAGACUUUACAUAGACUCCUACUUGCCUCCCCCAGGGAGGAGUCGCGGGCCAGGCUUGGCAAAGUGAUGUGCGACUCGGCUUGGAAAGGGAAGCAGAACUCGGGUUGCUGGAGUGUGUCGUGGGAAACUGCCUUUCAGCUUGGGGGAUCUGCCACGUGGGGCCUUCAGGAAGAAAGUUCGGGAACAACAGGGAAAUAUAAGAAGUUGCAUAUAGCACAACCCCUCCCCCACCCCCGUGUGCGGACCCACGGCAGAUGGCUGCCGUCACCAUUUCGGUGUAUAAUUCAGCAAAGUUGCUUUUUUGCAGCCACUAUUAACGCCUGGCGGCUGCUGCUAGGGACUUGUUCUGUGACGACACUCCCUCCUCUCGGUGCCCUGCGCGCGUGAGUUCAUUUGUAGCAGGAGCUGCGGUCUGCACUGAGAGCACAGGAAACUGAGGCCCAGAGAGGGGGCCAGAUUUGCCCAGUUCCUUGAGCUGGUGGCCCAGUGGACGUGGGGCCUGGGGGUGAGCUCAGGAAGCCUGAGUCCGAAGUGAGGUUUCCGCUGCUGCCGUGGACCUCCCCACCCGCCACCCCCAGCUGUACUGAGCUAUGAUCCGCUUGCACAGCGACUAGUUUCGGGGGCUCGGUGUAAUGGUCCGUUUGUAUGUCCUGCCGAACGACGCCACGGUAGGUCUACCUAGCACCCGUCACCUCACAGAGUUACUGGUGUGGGAAACAAAGCAAAAGAAAAAAUUACAUUCCCUUACUGCCCACAGCCGGUUGACAAGUCCCUGGGACGGGCAGAGCAACAUUCCUCCAGGAGCCCAGCUGCCUCGAUGACGACACUUGGUUAAGGGCAAAGGCAAGCCUCACCCGCCCCCCACCUCCCAGGAUCCCAUAAGUCUCCUUUAACAAAUACAAAGUCCUUUGGAAACUUCCUGUAUCUCUGCCCCCAAGAUAUAUGCUGGCGAUCAUCCUGCAAGCAUAUGGCCCCCUGAUACACAUCAGAAGGAUCUCAUGACUAAGUUUUGACUAAACGGUAAUAAAUGACCUUUUCCUAGCAAUAGCUACCCCCCCUCAAGGUCCUGGAAACCUUGCUUCCAAAAUACCUCGGAGGCUUGUGCUGUCCUUGACCCCCUCCCAACUUGAACGUGUACGAUCAGUCACCUGUCACAACCCCAUUGCAGCUCUCUCUGCCCACGGGUCCUGUCCCCGUGCUUUAAUAAAACCACCUUUUGCACCAAA